AGAUAGGGUAGAGGAAAGGGUCUAGAAUAUGUACAGGCAGCUGAGUCAGGCAGGCUCCACGCUGAACGGUUACACUGAGAGGAAACAAUAAAUCUCUGCUACUAUGCAAUAAAUAUCUCAAGUUUUAACUAAGGAAACUAUCUUUACAGUGAAAUUUAAAAAAUAACAUUUUAGAACAAAGCUAACAAAUGGCUAGUUUUCUGUGAUUCUUCUACAAAACUUUCUCUGAGAGGGAAAAAGUCAAACAAGCAGUUUUACCUGAAAUAAAGAACUAGUUUAAAGGUCAGAAGAAAGGAGUUUUGCGAGAGGCACGGAAAGAGUGCUGGCAGUACAAUGACAGUUUUCCUCUCCUUUGCUUUCCUCGCUGCUAUUCUGACUCACAUAGGGUGCAGCAACCAGCGCCGAAGUCCAGAAAACGGUGGGAGAAGAUAUAACCGGAUUCAACAUGGGCAAUGUGCCUACACUUUCAUUCUUCCAGAACACGACGGGAACUGUCGUGAGAGUACGACAGACCAGUACAACACAAACGCUCUUCAGAGAGAUGCUCCACACGUGGAACAGGAUUUCUCUUCCCAGAAACUUCAACAUCUGGAGCAUGUGAUGGAAAAUUAUACUCAGUGGCUGCAAAAAAUUGAGAAUUACAUUGUGGAAAAUAUGAAGUCGGAGAUGGCUCAGAUACAGCAGAAUGCAGUUCAGAACCACACGGCCACCAUGCUCGAGAUAGGAACCAGCCUCCUCUCUCAGACCGCAGAGCAGACCAGAAAGCUGACAGAUGUUGAGACCCAGGUACUAAAUCAAACUUCUCGACUUGAAAUACAGCUGCUGGAGAAUUCAUUAUCAACAUACAAGCUAGAGAAACAACUUCUUCAACAGACAAAUGAAAUCCUAAAGAUUCAUGAGAAAAACAGUUUAUUAGAACAUAAAAUCUUUGAAAUGGAGGGAAAGCACAAGGAAGAAUUGGACACUUUAAAGGAAGAGAAAGAGAAUCUUCAAGGCUUGGUUACUCGUCAAACAUAUAUAAUCCAGGAACUGGAGAAACAAUUGAACAGAGCCACCACCAAUAACAGUGUCCUUCAGAAGCAGCAGCUGGAGCUGAUGGACAUAGUGCAUAACCUUGUCAACCUCUGCACUAAAGAAGGUGUUUUACUAAAGGGAGGAAAAAAAGAGGAAGAAAAGCCAUUUAGAGACUGUGCAGAUGUAUAUCAAGCUGGUUUUAAUAAAAGUGGAAUCUACACUAUUUAUAUUAAUAAUAUGCCAGAACCCAAAAAGGUGUUUUGCAAUAUGGAUCUCAGUGGGGGAGGUUGGACUGUAAUACAACAUCGUGAAGAUGGAAGUCUAGAUUUCCAAAGAGGUUGGAAAGAAUAUAAAAUGGGUUUUGGAAAUCCCUCUGGUGAAUAUUGGCUGGGGAAUGAGUUUAUUUUUGCCAUAACCAGUCAGAGGCAGUACACACUAAGAAUCGAGUUAAUGGACUGGGAAGGAAACCGAGCCUAUUCACAAUACGACAGAUUCCACAUAGGAAAUGAAAAGCAAAACUACAGGUUGUAUUUAAAGGGUCACACUGGGACAGCAGGAAAACAGAGCAGCCUGAUCUUACACGGUGCUGAUUUCAGCACUAAAGAUGCUGAUAAUGACAACUGCAUGUGCAAAUGUGCCCUCAUGCUAACAGGAGGCUGGUGGUUUGAUGCUUGUGGCCCAUCCAAUCUAAAUGGAAUGUUUUAUACAGCGGGACAGAACCACGGAAAACUGAACGGAAUAAAGUGGCAUUACUUCAAAGGGCCCAGUUACUCCUUACGUUCCACAACUAUGAUGAUUCGACCUUUGGACUUUUGAAGGCAUGAUGUCAAAAGCAAUUUAAAAGACCACAAAGAAAUCUGGAGAAGCCACCAGAUGAGAAACUGCUUGGAAACUUCUGAAGCAAACAAUAUCGUCUGCCUUCCAACAACAAGUAGCAGUUGUGUGAAGUCAUCAAGGUUCUUGACUGUGAAUUUGGAACCUUUUGAGUUCACAAAAGCCUUGCCUUGGGGUGACUGUGUUCAUGUGGCUUGACUAUAGAGAAUGCCACUCACUGUCAUGCUUUAAAAAGGGAAGAAACUAUUCAGCUCACUGUGCUUCAAACUACUACUGGAUCUUAUUUGGGAACUAUGGUAGCCAGAUGAUAAAUAUGGUUUAUUUCAUAUAAAACCGAAGAAAAAGACGAAGAUGAAUAACAACAGAAAGAAUAUACCUGAAGAAUAAAAACAGGCCUGCCGUAAUCCUUUGGGAAAGAUGUACUAUGCCAGUGAAAUGGUGUUAUUUCUAUGCAAACCUACUAACAAUAAGUUUGUACUGUUGCACAAUUUUAAUAAAAAUUCAGGAAGA